UGCUGGGAGAGCACUCUCUCUUUCUCCUUCGAGGAAAACCCUAGUUGGUCGUGGGCGCCGAUUUCGCUCUCCCUCGCUAUCCAAUAGUCGAAGCGCGAGAGCAGCAUAAUCGGAUCCCAUGGCGCUGGUAUUGCAUGCUGGAACUGGCAACAAGAAUGCUUUCAAGGCACUUAUAGCAGCUGAGUACAGUGGGGUCAAGGUUGAACUUGUGAAGAAUUUUGAAAUGGGAGUUUCCAAUAAAACUCCUGAAUUUAUUAAGAUGAACCCCAUGGGGAAGGUUCCUGUUCUGGAGACUCCUGAUGGUCCUGUAUUUGAGAGCAAUGCAAUAGCACGCUAUGUUGUACGUUCAAGGGCUGACAAUCCUCUUCAUGGAUCCUCACUAAUUGAAUAUGCCCACAUUGAGCAAUGGAUUGACUUUGCAACGACUGAGAUUGAUCAGAGCAUUGCACACUGGUAUUAUCCAAGGCUUGGAUAUCUCCCGUAUCUUCCUCCGGCUGAGGAAGCUGCAAAAGCUGCUUUGAAGAGGGCACUUGGGGCUUUGAAUGUUCAUCUUGCCGCCAAUACAUACCUGGUUGGACACAGCAUUACUCUUGCUGAUAUUAUCAUGACAUGCAAUUUGUAUGUGGGCUUUGCUAGGGUGAUGACAAAGAGUUUUACAUCAGAGUUUCCUCAUGUUGAAAGAUACUUCUGGACUUUGGUUAACCAGCCAAACUUCCUUAAGGUGAUAGGUGAGGUAAAGCAGGCUGAAUCUGUUUGUCCUAUUCAGUCUCAAAGAAGCCUGCUCAGCCCAAAAGAGGCUGCGAAGCCAAAAAGAAGCAAAAGAAAGAAACCAAGAAAGAAGCCCCCAAAAGAGCCUGCAAAACCAAAAGUUGAAGCUGUUGCUGAAGAUGAAGAAGAGGCACCAAAACCAAAGGCAAAGAAUCCACUUGACCUGUUGCCCCCAAGUAAGAUGAUAUUGGAUGAGUGGAAGAGGCUUUAUUCAAACACAAAAUCUAACUUCCGUGAGGUGGCCAUUGGAGGGUUUUGGGAGAUGUAUGAUCCAGAAGGAUACUCGCUGUGGUUCUGCAACUACAAGUACAAUGAUGAGAACACGGUUUCAUUUGUGACCUUGAACAAGGUUAGUGGAUUUUUGCAGCGGAUGGAUCUGGCUCGCAAGUAUGCAUUUGGGAAGAUGCUUGUCAUUGGUUCACAGCCACCAUUUAAGGUGAAGGGCCUGUGGCUGUUCCGUGGAAAGGAGAUCCCCCAAUUUGUGCUCGACGAGUGCUAUGACAUGGAACUCUAUGAAUGGACCAAAGUUGAUAUAACUGAUGAGACUCAGAAAGAGCGUGUCAAUGCCAUGAUUGAGGAUCAGGAACCCUUUGAGGGUGAGGGCCUUUUGGAUGCCAAGUGCUUCAAGUGAGGCUUCAAUUGAAAUAUACCAAAAUCAUUCGUAAUAGCCUUUCUAGCAGUUUUGAAGUUCAGCCUAAAACAUUGUUUCCUUUUAUCUGUUUGGAUUUAUUAGCUAUAGAUUUUAUGAGUAUCAACUGGUUAUUUAUGUUUUUCAGUCGCAUCUCUUUGUGUGAAACCUUCUUGUGUUACGGUGAUGAAUUAGUGGGUUUUUAACAUAUUCCUC